GGAUACAGGAAAGUGUGAAGACAAGUCUACUGGUCUCUUCUGAACACUGAGAUUUCAGACACAGACAUCUCCCCAUGGCUCCUUAUUACAUCCGCAAGUACCAGGAGAGCGACCACACACAGGUCCUGGCCUUGUUCACCAGUGGCAUGGAAGAGCACAUCCCUACCACCUUCAAAUACCUGCUAAAGCUGCCCAAAACACUCCUGCUCUUAUUUGGGAUGCCGCUCUCACUACUCCUGGUCUAUGGCUCAUGGAUACUGGCCAUUGCGUGUAUCUUCACUCUGCUCCUCUUCCUGUGGUUCAUUGCCAGAUUCCCCUGGAAGCAGUAUGUGGCCAUGUGUUCCCACACAGACUUGGCUGACAUCACCAAGUCCUACUUGAGCUCCUACUUGAGCUUCUGGGUGGCUGAGUGUGAGGGGCAGGUGGUGGGCAUGGUGGGUGCCGUGCCUGUCAAAGAUCCUCCCUUGGGGAAGAAGCAGUUACAGCUGUUUCGCAUGUCUGUGGCCUUGGAGCACCGAGGAAAGGGGAUAGCUAAAGCCAUGGUCAGGACUGUCCUCCAGUUUGCCCGGGACCAGGGCUUUAGUGAGGUUGUCCUUGAGACUGGAGCAUUACAACCAGGUGCUCAGGCCCUUUACCAGGGAAUGGGCUUCCAGAAGACAGGCCAAUACUACAUAACUAUAUUUUGGAGGAUAGUAGGUAUUUAUUCAAUCCAAUUCAGGUAUGACCUCCCUUCUGCCCAGGAAGAGGGCCUGUAAUCUCUCAGGAUGUCCUUUCCACUC